GCGGCCACGACCUCGCCUCAUCCCCGCGCAUGCGCGGUAGCGGCCCGGCAAGAUGGCGGAGCUGGAGGAGCCGAGGCGGCGGAUCCCGCUGGUACCAGAGAACUUGCUGAAGAAGAGGAAGGCGUACCUGGCCAUCAAGGCCACCCAGGCCAAGCAGGCGCUGCUCAACAAGCGCAAGCAGCAGAAGGGGAAACAGAUCCAGUUCAGGCGCCUGGAGACCUUUGUUCGUGACUCAUGGCGCAAACGCCGCGAUGACGCCCGGCUGAGGCGCAUGGAGCAGAGGCCUGGGCAGGCAGUGGCACCUCAGGAGAGCAAACUGGCCUUCGUCGUGAGGAUUGUGGAUAUUAAGGGAGUGACUAAGAGGGUGAAAAAAGUGAUGGAGUUGCUGCGGCUGAAGAAGAAUUACACUGGGAUGUUCGUGAAGCUGAGCCCACUGACGCUGAAGAUGCUGCGGACCGUGGAGCCUUACGUGGCGUGGGGGCAGCCUAACCUGAAAUCUGUACGAGAGCUCAUCCUGAAACGGGGCCAGGCCAAGAUCAAGAAAAAGAGGGUGCCUCUGACAGACAACAUGCUGAUAGAGGAACAUUUAGGUGGCUGUGGUAUCAUUUGCCUGGAAGACCUUAUUCAUGAAAUCUACUCAACUGGGAAGUAUUUCAAAAGAGUAACCAGCUUUUUGUGGCCAUUCCAUCUGUCGGUGGCUCGCCACGCAUCGCGGAACAGAGUGGGUUUCCUCACGGAGAUGGGCAAGCCUGGCUACAGAGGUGAUGAAAUCAACCGACUCAUCCGUCAGCUCAACUAGUCAGGUUUUUGUGAAAACUUCAGGAUCAAGACUUCACCUGUUCCUUUUCACAUGUACCUUUCCAUGGACAUAAUCUACAUGCAAUGAUCUAUUUGCAACUUCCCUUGACUGCUGGUGCCUCUAUAAAGGAAGAAAUACAGAGAUGAUAGUGGAGAUGGACUUCGGGCUGGCUCUUCUUAAAGAAGAUAAAUUCUCUUUGCUACAAGAACGAGCUUCUUGGAACAAUUUGACUUGCAUCUCUGUAAAAGAAGUGUUUUUUCUGCUCACUACUGCAGACUUCACUCUUUGAAGUGCAUCUGCUUCCAGGGGUGAGGGGUAGUGCAGUCACAGUUUUGCUGACAGGCAAAAGAAAACACCAAGGUAUUCUUCUGUUACUGCAGCACAAGCC